ACGAAAUCCAAUGGUGAAGCAAAUAUUUUACUUGAUUUCGAUUUUAAAUCUUUUGAUCUUAUCAGUACAAUCUUUUCCGUAGCCAUUUGUAA